AUGAGGCGCGCGCGUGCGCUGUGGGCGGCGGCGUGUUCGUUGGCUGCUCUGUGGCUUGCGCGUGAGGCGGCCGGAGCGGGGGGUGGAUGCGGGGUGGCGGAGCUCGCCUGCCGUAGCGGCCAGUGCGUGCGACUGGACGCCUACUGCGAUGGCACGCCGCACUGUCUCGACGGCAGCGACGAGCCGCCACACUGCUCCGUUUGCAACCGCACCUACUACGGCCGCGCGGGCGUCGCGUAUGCGCUCGCCGUGCCCCAGGCGCCGCGCGCGCCCUUCCUCUGUCACUUGACGUUCACGGCGGGCGGUGGUGCGCACGGUGAUCUGAUUCAGCUCGCGUUCGACGAGUUCCGCGUAGGACGCUACGAACCAGGCGCCCUUGACGGCUGCCCCGAUGGAUAUAUGCAGCUCUCAGAACUCGGGAGACCUUUCACUGGUGGCUCCUGGUGCGGGGAGGCCAAUGGCACCGCACUUUACUAUAGUGAAACCGCCACAGUCACUGUCUCCGUGAAGUUGUUCCGCAUGAGACUCGGCGAGACACUCGGUUUUAAGCUGCGUUACAAAUUCAUCUCGCAGUUAGAUGCCGUAGUUAGAUUCGGGGCAAUGGAAGCACCACUAGAAAGAGGCGCGGUCUCACCGGGUACUUAUUGCACGAGGACAUACGAAGAGUGUCACCGUAAAUCGUGUCGACUGCAAAGUCCAAACUAUCCUGGAAUGUAUCCGAGAAAUGUGACAUGCUACUGGAGCUUGAGACAGAAAGACAUUCCUACGUGUAAACAUGCCAUGAUCUCAGUACGUCAGGAGUAUUCACACAAAAUGCAAAUCAAGCGUUCAAUAUCUAUGGCGAGCUUGAAUAAAACGGGGCGAGCAGUGCGAGCUUGGCGUGAAUGUACAGGGGAGCGGGAUCGACUGAUUUUUUAUGACGGUGCUUCAACGGAUGACCCUGUGCUGGUGGAAUACUGCGGUGGGGAUUGGCUGCCGCGCGUGACCUCACGUGGUCCAGAGAUGCUGGUGGCCUUCCACUCGUCACCGUUUAGCGCACCACUGCGGCCAGCUGCGCCAGCUGCACCCCUGCGCGGUUUUGAACUCGAUGUUGAUAUUGUCUUUGCUGACUCUGACUCACUGGAUUAUGCUAGAGAAGCACGUCGGUGUGAGUUUCACGUAAAGGCAUCGUCAUCCGAGGAGGAGACAAAUACGACGACCCCGAGUGGCGGACGAGGUCGUCGUGGUCGUCUUCGCGCUCCUUCUCAUACACUACCCCCCAAUACCACUUGUACUUGGACAUUCCACGGUCGCCCUGGUGACCUGGUAUGGAUAUAUUUUUCUAGUUUCACUCAAUAUUCUCUCGUGGAACCGCGACGUAUAGAGAGCGGUGAAAGGGACGAGGAAAGUCUUACGACGAGAGCAACACCGCGUGCGCCUCCACCGACGGAGAGAGGAUCAGAGGGUGCGUGUGCAGUGGAGUUGAUGGUGUGGGAUGGUGGAGGGGUCGGGGAAACGGGGGCAAGGCUACUGGGCCGAUACUGUGAUUCCGCACCCGCUUUGUGCGCGCGCGCAGCAUUGGCUAAUGCUACUCGAUCACCGCGCCCUUGUGCGCCACCCGACGGUUACGUAUCAGCUGCCGCUCUUAUGUCUCUCGCCGCUACCACGCUUCCGGGAACAGCAACGCAUCCGCUAGCGUUCUCGUUGCAUUAUGAGUUUGUGGAUGCGAGACUGGAGGGUAUGCCGCUGUCUGAUGAUGGAAGGCGGGCACGACCCUGGCCCCCAGAGUGCUCGAGGACAUUGACAGUACCUGGUUCGUUUUCAUCACCGCGAAAUGCGUUGUGGUUUGGUCGUGGUGGUGCCCGUCGUUUGCGAUGCAUCUACAGGCUGCAGACUGAGAGCGGGCGCAUUGCUCUUGAGUUAACAGCGGCGACAUUUGGCCGUGAGCCUUCAUGUGCCACACGCCCGGACCCCAUUACCGGACAACUAGCUUGUUUUCCGGAACAAGAGGUGCGAAACGAGGAACCCGACUUCGUUGAUGACAUACCUGCCGACUUCGAUGGAGACGAUGAUGCGCCUCUGCAAGUUCCUUAUCUAAGAAUAUAUGAGUCGCCGUGGCCUGGAUUUAGGGUACCAGUAGCCUGCAUCUGUGACAACACGACUACUCCUCUGAAGCUAGUUGGAACAGGCGGGGCGUUAGAGCUAGAGUUAGUGUCACGACGUCUGGCGGCGGCUGAUGAUCACAGGCGGCUGCAGUUCCGUGGCGAGUGGAAACGCGCACCAUCACCGCCUUGUGCCGCGCGUCGUCGACUCCCUCCACCUGGGCAGAGAGUGCAUCUCAGCUACCCAUAUGAAAAUGAGCGGAUGUCGGAGUGCGCUGAGACGCCAUUUCUGUUGGCGGCUCGCGGUAAUCGUUCAGUGUUUCUCCGUGUGUGGGGCGAGGACUUAACAGGUUCCGACUCACCCUGCGGCACUACUAACCGUCUGCUCGUCUACGACGCACACACCUCGAGAUUGAUGAGGGCGGUGUGCCCAGGCGGGGAGCGGUCAAUACAGAUAUUCAGUGAAGAGUGGUGGGGACGAGGCUCGCGGCCCGGCGCGCUGCUUGUGGUGUGGUCGGCGCGCGAGUCGCAGCAUGCGCUUUUCGCCUGGAUGGAGGUGUGGCGCGCUGGGCCCGCGCUGCCGCUGCAACCGCUAGCGACUGCGGACAAGUGGCCUAACGCUUCUGCUUCCUGUGCAUUCCCGUGUGUAUCGCUCGGGGCGUGCAUGGCAGGGGCGCUUUGGUGCGACGGCGAGGUAGAUUGCCCGGGAGGGGCGGACGAGGCUCACGGGUGCGGGGCCGGCGCUCGGCUUCUGGCAGCGUUGGCGGCGCCAGCAGCGGCGGGGGCUGCGGCGGCAGCAGCAGGAGCGGCGGCGCUGCUGGCGCUAGUGUGUGUGGCGGCGCUGCGCAGGAGACGAGCGCGGCGUGCAGACAAACAAUUGCUCGGUGCGUUGGCCGCGGGCCGACGACUGACAGAGGAGCUCUUAUACGAUGCGUCGCGAACUUCCUCCAUGGCGUCCUCCUGACGGCGCGAGCGCUCCGUCGAGUACAUCCACGUGGACCGCGAGACCACUGUGUGACGGAGCGCUACAGCGAAGCCGGGGCGCGGGACGUCGCCCUCGCUAUCUUCGACAAUUGCGUUCAGUGAUCAUUUACGUCACCUAUCACUAUUGUGUUGGGCUCUGUAUGAUUCUAUUUCGUUAUAGUUAGUUCGCGGGUUGAGUCGCUCCCCCCGACGGAGGCGUCGGUCGCGCCACGGUCGAUCGCACGUGACCUUAUUAUUUAUUAGUGAUAUUGUAAAGUGCUCCGUCGUUCCCGAUGGAUCCGUGAACUCGUUUUAUAUGUUAUCGUUGAUGAACUGUCCCGUCCCUCGUUUCCACUUGAGUUAUGGAACGCUAAUAUAAAUAUAAAUUAAAUUUACGAAACGACAAGUGUGUU